GUGAGACCCACUAUCUCCUCCCAGGUAAAGAGUACACAGUGGGCCGCAAGAACUGUGAUGUUCUUCUUCCCAACGACCAGUCCAUCAGCAGGACUCAUGCUCACCUGUCUGCUGCAGACCAGACCCUGACAGUAAAAGACUCCUCUAAAUACGGCACAUUUGUCAACAACCYCAAACUAACGGCACCAACACAUCUGUCGCCAGGGGACGCUGUCACAUUUGGGGUUUUUGAAAGCAAAUUCACUGUGUCCCACCAGAAGCCAGUGGUGUGUUCGUCAUGUCUGGACAGUGCUGGGAAGGCGUUGCUCACUCAGGUGCUGUCAGCUGUGGGGGGGAAGCUGGUGAACACCUGGACUCCUGACUGCACACACCUGGUCAUGCCCACUGUUAAAGUCACCAUUAAGACUAUUUCAGCUCUGCUGUGUGCUCGUCCCAUCYUGAAGCCGGAGUUCUUCUCAGAGCUGAGCAGGUCUGCUGAGGACAAACUGCUGCCUCCCAAAGCAGAGAGUUUCCUCCCGCUGCUUGAUGAGCCCAGCUUGAGUAAUGAAGACGUUAACCUUGGACCAGUCCCAGCUCGCAGGCAGCUUUUUACUGGAAAAACCUUCAUUUUCCUCACUGCCAAACAG